UUUGUUUUCGCUUGAAAAUUUGUUAAUUUUAUAAUAUUUUAAUUAUUAUUUGUUUUAAAAACAAGAUGUCGAUCAAAGAGUCUAAAAUAAUACUAAAAGAAGUUCGUGAAGACAUCAAAAGUGAGAAGUUCAAUGAUGCGAUAGAAAAGUGUGAAGCUUUGCUUAAAGAUGAGCCUAAGAAUUAUAUGGCUUAUUUACUGUUGGGAGCAGCUUACCAAACGAGUAAUAAAAUAGAGGCGGCCAAAUGUUUACGAAAGGCGGUAGAACUUUCACCGGCUGCACCAACUGUUGCACUCCAGGGACUAGCUAAUUGUGCACCGCUAGAUGAACUCCCCAAAAUCUACGACCAAUUAAUAGGUUUAGUUCCUGAAAAAUCUGCAUUUUAUUUUGAGAAGCUUUACGCAGCUGGGCUAAACAACAGGAGUGUUGCAGAAGAGUGUUUUAAUAUUUUCAAACGUGAAUUAGCACGAAAUGAUCAAAAUGGAGAACGACAUCCACUAGUUUUGAAAUACUUGGCUCGAAUUUGGAUCUUAUUUGACUUUGAUGUGCAAGUUGGAGAAGAGUCCGUGUAUAAAACGGCUUUGGAAAAACUAAUUGCAGACCCACAAGAUGAUCAACAACUGAAUGCUUAUAAGCGAUAUCUGAAACUACUGUACAAACAACAAAGCUAUGCUAAUUGCUUUAAGCAUGCAUGUGAAGCGACCAAAAAAUAUCCUGAGGAUAUUUACGCCUUUGAAUGGGUGUGUAAAAUUUACUGUGAAUUUCGUGAUGUGUCUAUAGCGUGCUUAAACGAAGCGCAGCAAACGAUAGAACACUAUGUCGAUGCAUUGCUACAGUUAAAUCCGAAUGCCAGUUUAGGAUUACUCAUUCGUGGCAUUAAACAGUUUGAACAAAAACAAUAUGUAGCGGCACGUGAUCUAUUAUAUCGCGUACAAGAGUUACAACCGAAAUAUAGCAUUGCCUUAGAAUUGUUGGCGCGCGUAGAAAUGUUAAUUGGUGUAUGGGGUUUGGCAUUGCCAAUAUGGAAAUCAAUUGGAAAAGAUCAUUCCAUUGAGUAUGCCCUUUGCUUAUCCCAUGUUAGCAGUAGCAAAGAACAGUUGCAAGAAGCAAUUGAGUUGUUAAAGGAACUUGAACCAAAUGAGGAAGCAACAACGGCCCUGGCCAGUUGUUAUUUUAAAAUGGGCGAUACGGAUAAAUUAAAAGAACUGAACCUAAAUACACUACAAAAGGCGGAGUUUCUCUUGGCGCCUGAGGAUGCGUUAAACUUACUGCAAGCCUCCAGUGAUACGGAAACGUUUGAUUGCCUUUUCUUACUCGCUAAAUUGCAUCUACAAUUGACUGACUAUGCUUCUGCUUUGAAUUGCAUGCUUAAAGCGACGCGUUUACAGCCUUACAGUUCGGAAUGCUUUCAUUACCUCGGAAAAAUCUAUUACAUCACAAAGGAUUUUGUGCGUGCACGUAAAUGUUUCGAAAAAUGUGUGAAUUUGAAUCCGCUGUGUGAGAGUGCUGUUAAUAACCUGAGCGCUAUUUACCAACAACUAGGAGAAGAGGACUUGAACGUUGCACUCUUGAUUAAUACGCUGAAAUAUAUGAAAACUGAUGAUUCUAAGCGCAUACAAUACAAGCUGGGCUUACAUUAUUUCAAUGUUAAAAAGUGGGAUGAGGCCAUUCAAUCCUUUCGCACUGCAAUCAAGCUUGAUGUGAAUUGUAUGAGCUAUUGGGAGUCUCUGGGGGAUGCUUACUCUGAGCGCGGCUCGUAUUACUCUGCUAUACGUGUUUUUCAAAAAAUACUAGAAAUGUGUCCUAGCAACAUUUAUGCCAAGCUGCAAAUGGCGCUGCUAAAAUCGACCAUUCGCAUGUAUCCCGAGGCCAUAGCCGACUUCGACGAAUUAUUGCAAACACAUCCCGAUUACUUGCCUGGCUUGAAAGGUGCCGCUGAAGCACAUAUUGGCUUGGCGAACAAUAUGAAAUUGGAGCAUUUAUAUGGACGCUGCAAAGAUCACCUACAAUUGACGGUUAAUCAUUUGCAACGUGCUUUCUUGUCUGCAAACAAUCAAAACAUGUUUUGGCUGUGGCGUCUUACUGCAAAUGUAUUUGUGCAGACUGCGCGCAUGCCCAGCUCUUUGGCAUACUUGGAGGUGUCUGGCAAGCUGGCUAAACUGGAAGAAAACACGGCGAUUUUAUCUAGAAAGGACCUCUUCACUUUAGCUGCAAGGUUUUACACCUGCGCCAUCAAGUUGAAAUCGAACACAUUUAUCUGGUAUGAGUUCGCCUUAUGCUCUUAUUAUUGCGCCAUAUAUUUACCUGACGAGGCGUCUACACAAUUGGAACUAGCUACCAAAGCCUGCAAAAUGGCCAUAAAUGAGCAAGGUGGUCGUUGGCAAAAUUGGAAUUUGCUCGGCGUAAUAAAUCUCCAUGAAGCGGUCAAUAACUUGCCCUUGGCACAGCACUGCCUCAUUCAGGCGCUUACGCUCGAUCGCAAGUCGUUUACCACUUGGACUAACCUCGGUGUACUCUAUUUGAAGUUGAACGAAAUAAAACUUGCGAAUCAGGCAUUUCAGCGGGCGCAGCAAGCGAGUCCCAUUUAUGGAAAUGCAUGGAUUGGACAGGCUAUGAUUGCUGAAGCCAUCGGUGAAGAGGAAGAAGCUUUGGAUCUCUUCAGACAUUGUCAGCAGUUUGAAUACCACGCGGAGUCCUCAUUAGGUUAUGCCCACUGGGUGUGCAACAUACUGACAGAUGAGAAAACACGCAAAAUACCGCAUUAUCGUCAUGCUAUCGACAGCAUGUAUGCAGAUGUGGUGGCACUAGAUGCGAUUAACUGGCACAUAGUAAAUGAGGAGAAGGCCGCCACACCCGCUGCGCUCUCUUUCCAAGGUUUCCUCAAUAUACGACAGAAGAAUUAUAGUCUUGCCGAGCGUGCAUACCUGCAGGCUGUUGAGCACACUGCAUCAGGUGCAGAUCGCGAUAAGUUGUUGACAAAUUUGGGUUAUCUGUACUUAGCCAUAAAUCGACCGAAUGAUGCUAUAAACGUUUUCAAUCGCAUAACACACGCCUCGUUUAAGGCCAUAAUUGGUUUGGCGUUGGCAUUCGUGCGUGCUGGCCAACAUCAGGAGGCAUAUUCGGUAUACAAUUCGGUGCUGAAGAGUUUGUCCGACAAUAAUGAUGAUAAGGCCGGCAUGAUAUUGGUGGCAAUGGCGGCCAUGGUGUACGCCUCGCAAGGCGAAGCCGACACGAAAACAAUUUUGUAUCAAUGCAUUCUGUUGAAAAACUCGCCUAUACAAGCAUUAUAUUCCGCCUGCGCUUUGGGUAUUCUACAUCAAGACAAUCAGUUAACAACAACCAUACUGACAGAGCUAAAAAAAUACGAAAACUGCGAGGCCCACUGCGCACAUAUUAGCUACUUGACGGCGCAACACUAUGCAAGUGUUCAACAAAUACGCAAAGGGCUGACUUACCUGCUGACCCGUGUGCAUAUUUUUCCAAAUAACUCCGAACUGCGCAAAGUGUUGGCUAAUUAUCUAUUGGACCAUUUCAGCCAUGCAGCACAGUUCCAAGUGGCCACAAGCCAAAUCGCGCUGAGCUCAAUUAGCCUAUUGCAUCGCAAUAAAACACAAAAAAGCGACUGCGUUGAGGAUUCUAAAUUGCUGCUGAUUGCCAGUCGAGCUUUGAGUGCCGUUAACAAGACACGUUCGCUAAAAUUAAUACAGCAUGCUAUACGUCUGCAUCCGCAAAAUAAGAGUGCCUGGCAGGCGCUGCAGGAGGUGCAAUGAUAUGUAUUUUGACUGUUUUAGUUGAAUUUGAAACCGAUUGUACAACUGUUACACGAAAAAGCAAGUGGUAAUAUUAAAACAUAUUUUAUAGCAUGAAAAAGAUACAUGA